CCUCAUCCUCAAUCUACGGUCUUAUCUCUUUUCACCCUACUUCCUCCGUAGCCUUCUCGUCCUUUUUCCCUUUCUUCUCAAGUUUCUCGUUAUCCGAUCUCAUCUCCAUCACUGCUCGCCACUUUACACCCUUUUUUUUAGAGACCUCGGGAUGAGCUUCAGCGUUCCCCCGUGGCGUGCAACGGCCUCGGCCUCGAACCCCACGCCUGCUGCCUAUCCACCUUCUGCGACACCUGCCUAUAUUCCAGUCCAAGCACGUCGUAGUCUUGCCCAUAAUAAACCAACCCUACCAGCCACCAACGGAGCCGACAUGACACCAGCGGAUGCAGCCCCGCCGCGUGUCCAGUUUCCACCUGCAGUGCGUUCCUAUGUGCAGCGCUGCUUCGCACCCGAAAACCAGAUGGCCAGCGUGAGCACGGCGGAAAUGCAGGAGAAGCUGAGGUUCGUCAUUACCGAUGCGGCGGAGAACCACAAACUCGACAUUAUCGACUGGGAGAGACUGGCUCUUCCACAGGUCAUGGUCCAGAACGAACGCAACAAAAUCCUAGCCAACCCCAACGUGUCUAACUGGGGAAUAUCCACCCCUUCCUCGCCGGCGGAUCCCUCCCGCAAGAGAAAAUCGACGGACAUCCACCAGGAAGGCACAGGCUCGCCACCCUGGAGAAAAGCUAACAAUAACACUCGCAACCGGUUUGAAGACCGGAUCACUCACCCUUCCACAGAGAAGAGACCCCGCAUGACAACGGAUGACUCUAGUAAGUCCAAAGCUAAUUUGGAGAUGAGGAAGAAGCGCUUCGAAGGAGCCGGAGCCAGCUAUGGGAACUCUGCUUCUGCUUCACCCGUCCCCUCGCCGGCCCGCAGUCCUCCAGCGGACCAAGGACCCGUGAUCGGCCGAUGCCAGACCCUGGAAAAGAACUACUUCCGCUUGACCUCUGCUCCCAACCCGGAUACCGUCCGGCCACUUUCCGUGCUCCAAAAGACCCUGGACCUCCUUAAGAAGAAAUGGAAGAAAGAGGGCAACUAUGGAUACAUCUGCGACCAGUUCAAGUCACUCCGCCAGGACCUAACGGUCCAGCACAUCCGGAACGAGUUCACCGUGAUUGUCUACGAGAUCCACGCGCGCAUCGCUCUGGAGAAGGGGGACCUUGGUGAGUAUAACCAGUGCCAGACUCAGCUGCGAGUCUUGUACAAACAGCAGCUGGGCGGGCACCCGACUGAGUUCAAGGCGUAUCGUAUUCUCUAUUUCAUUUACACGCGCAACUGGACGGCUAUGAACGAUGCGCUAGCCGACGUUACCGCAGACGACAGGCAAGACCUUGCGGUUAAGCAUGCUCUAGAUGUGAGGUCUGCGCUGGCGCUCGGCAAUUAUCACCGCUUUUUCCAGCUCUAUCUGGACACGCCUAACAUGGGAGCAUAUCUCAUGGACAUGUUUGUUGAUCGUGAGCGGUUGACUGCUCUGGCUGCUAUCUGUAGAGCGUACAAACCCGACGUGAACAUCCGCUUCAUCACGGAAGAACUUGGCUUUGAGUCCGAUGAACAGACUGCCCGGUUCGUCAUUGAAAACUCCUCCGCCGAGCUGCUGGAGGAGAAGACCGGGUCUGUGAGGCUGUUGACCGGCAAGGCCGGCCCGUUAUUUGAACAAGCCAAGGCCGCAGCCCACGCAGUGGUCGAUAUUAAGGGACAGAUCUAG